AUGAGCUGUCUGGAUGUUAUGUACCAAGUAUAUGGUCCUCCGCAGCCUUACUUCGCAGCCGCCUACACCCCUUACCACCAGAAACUAGCCUAUUACUCCAAAAUGCAGGAAGCCCAGGAGUGCAACGCCAGCCCCAGCAGCAGCGGCAGUGCCAGCUCCUCUUUUUCCAGCCAAACCCCAGCCAGUGUAAAAGAGGAAGAAGGCAGCCCAGAGAAAGAGCGCCCACCAGAGGCAGAGUACAUCAACUCCCGCUGCGUCCUCUUCACUUAUUUCCAGGGGGACAUCAGCUCUGUGGUGGAUGAACAUUUUAGCAGGGCCCUGAGCCAGCCUAGCAGCUACUCCCCAAGCUGUACCAGCAGCAAAACACCAAGAAGCUCUGGGCCCUGGCGAGACGGUUCCUUCCCGAUGAGCCAGCGCAGCUUCCCGGCCUCCUUCUGGAACAGCGCGUACCAGGCACCGGUGCCCGCGCCACUGGGCAGCUCUCUGGCCGCUGCGCACUCCGAGCUGCCCUUCGCCGCCGCCGACCCCUACUCGCCGGCGGCGCUGCACAGCCACCUGCACCAGGGUGCAGCCGAGCCCUGGCAUCACGCGCACCCGCACCACGCGCAUCCGCACCACUCCUACGCGCUGGGCGGCGCCCUCGGCGCCCAGGCCGCCGCCUACCCGCGGCCAGCCGCCGUGCACGAAGUCUACGCGCCGCACUUCGAUCCGCGCUACGGGCCGCUGCUGAUGCCCGCCGCCUCGGGGCGCCCAGCCCGCCUCGCCCCCGCCCCGGCGCCCGCGCCCGGCAGCCCACCCUGCGAGCUCACAGCCAAGGGCGAGUCGGCUGGCGCCGCAUGGGCCGCACCCGGGGGCCCCUUCGCAAGCCCCGCCGGGGACGUGGCCCAGGGUCUGAGCCUCAGCGUGGACUCAGCUCGUCGCUAUUCCCUCUGUGGUGCACCCCUUCUGAGCUGA